CAACUCUCAUAUCAAUAUAAAACGGCAUGGUAUGCGCCGCAGCACAGCAAACGUCGCAGCCGCGGACACAGCCUGAGUCGGAAGGCCCACGUCACAUAAGUUUCCAAAAUGGAGGGGACUCCCCCCAGCAACACCAACACAAGCAACCACCACCGCCGCUGCCCGGACCGCCGCUCCCGUCCCCAGAACCUUAACCCCCAUAAGCGCAUCCGCGAAGAGGGCGAGAGCUCUGGUUCCGCCUGCAGCAUCUCCCCUGCGGCCCCCCCGGUCCGCCAGCCCUCCGAGGACGACGGCGGCGGGGAGACUGAGGCAGAGGGCGCGGCCGACGGCUUCGUGAUCCUCCUCGCCGAGCCCGUGCCGUCGAGGCGCGUGCGGGACGCGCACUGCCCGUCGCACGGAUCUGUAUCCCUAGUGGGAAGGCGGAGGAACAUGGAGGACGCAGUGGUCGAGGUGACGGGGUUCGCGGCGGGCGGGUACGGAUACUUCGCGGUGUACGAUGGGCACGGAGGAGCAACAGUAGCGCAGGCGUGCCGAGACAGGCUGCACGUGGCGGUCGCAGAAGAGGUGGGGCGGCGGAGGGCAGCGGGGGAGGGGGAGGGGGUGGACAUGUGGAGGCGGGCGCUGGUAGCGGGGUUCGCGCGGGUGGAUGCGGAGGUGAUGGGGGAGACAAGGCAGCUGCGACAGGGGAUGGUGGGGUCGACAGCGGUGGUGGCGGUGGUGGCGGAGAAGUGGAUAAUAGUGGCCAACUGCGGUGACUCCAGGGCUGUGCUCUCACGUGGCGGAGUGGCCGUGCCCCUCUCCAUCGAUCACAAGCCUGACAGGCCAGAUGAGCGAGGAAGAGUGGAAGCUCUAGGAGGGAGAAUCCUUUGUUGGGACUGUCCUCGUGUCUUAGGAGUACUGGCCACUUCUAGGUCCUUUGGAGACUACCUUCUCAAGCCAUAUGUCAGCUCGGACCCUGAAUUUAUGGUGACUGAUCGAUCGGAGGAAGAUGAGUUCCUCAUUCUGGCAAGCGAUGGAUUAUGGGAUGUAAUAUCAAGUGAGAUGGCAUGCAGAGUGAUAAGAAAAUGCAUGGCGAGUCCAACAGGCAACAAUUAUCCAAGUGGAAUUGCUGGUUCUGCUGCCCGAGACGCAGCUGCUGUGUUGGCCAGGCUUGCAAUUUCUCGAGGCAGCUUUGACAACGUUAGUGUGGUGGUGGUGGAGCUGAGGACUUCCAGGGUGGCUGUGGCCGCUGAAUAAUUGCUCAUCUGCAUUGAUAGAUUCCAAGGUGACCUUUAUAUUUACCCUUAACUGGUUUCAGGUUACCUGAGAAUGGGGGGGGAAUGGAUUCAUGUUAAUGCUGUUCAAGUGUAGCAGUACAAAAGCUUCAGUGUGCAGUCUCGUUUAAAUGUAUAUAGAUACGUCAAGUCUUGCGCUUAAAUAUAAAUGCCUCAACCUUAUAUGCGCUUAUGUAAGCUUUCAUGUUCCUUUGCGCCUUCAUGAGAUCUGAUAUGCUACAGGAAGCGUAGUAAUGGAGAUUGAUGGGCAAGCUUCUUGCUAACUGCAUGUGUUCUUUAACUGUAUAAACUUGUUGCUACUUUUUGGAACAUCAUCAAUAGGAUUUUUCUUUUUUUUUUUCUUUUUUUUUUGGACUCAUCAGCAACAUAUUUGAAGGGGUAAAUUUAAGGUCAACUUUCUAAAAAUUAUAGAUAAUUUUUUUAUAAUUAAUUAUCUUUAGUAUUUUCAUCUUUAUAUUUUUAAAAAUUAUAUUAAGAUUUCUAUAUUUAUUAAAGUGAAAUAUUUGAUCGUAUUACUUCAAUAAUUUUUUUUCCUUAUAUUUUUAAUCCUGUAUAGUUAUCUUAAUAUUUUACUUAUGUAAAUAUACGAAUCAUAAUAUAAUUAUUAAAAGAGUAAGAAUUAAAAUAUUAAAAUAAUUAAUUAUA